UUUUUUUGGGGGGCAUUUUGUUGUUUUUAUUAGCCUAGCUUCUAUGUUUCCUUAUAAAAAGACCUUUUACUUUUUGGGUUUUCUUAUGUUGCGUUUGGAUGCACUAUCGAAUUAAAUAGCAAUAACUAGUAAUUUGGUGAAUCAGAUAUUGUUGAAUUGCAAGAACCUUCUUUUACCAUUCAUGACUUGGGUUGUCAUUGCCAUUAGGUUCCUUUCAAGUUGGUCUUAAAACUAACAUAAUGGCAAUUUGAGGGCUACUUCUUCCUUAUUAGUUCUGGAAAGCAUUACGAUUUGGUAAUGUCCCUUGAAUGAACAUAACGUUCAUGAUAAAUUUCAGCUGUCCACCCAAACACACCCUUAGAUUAUUGAUUUUUGUAUUCAAACUCAAUUGUUUCUUAUUAGUCUUUUCUCUCAUAUUAGAUGAAUAAAGCAACUAUCAUUGACGACGCAUAUGAUUACAUUAAGGCGCUAAAGAUGGAAGUGGAGAGUCUCCAAAAUGAGCUUGUGGAAAUUACCAACGAAGAGAGAGAUAAACCAACGAUUGUCGCAAGCACAAGCUGCUUGGAGGAGUCGGUGCAAAUGACCGAAAAAUGCAAGGUAGAGGUUGUGGUGAGUACCAUAGAUCUUAAUAAGUUCAACAUAAAGAUAGUAUGUGAGGAAAGGCAAGGUGGGUUUACAAAACUGAUGGAGAAAUUGGCUUAUCUUGGCUUAGAGGUGACAAGCAUCAAUGCUACUACAUUCAAAGGUGUUGUUUUGAAUACAAUUUCUGUACAGGGGAGAGAAUUGGAAAUAUUAAAAGCAGAACAAGUGAAGGAAUGCCUCAUGCAAAUGGUUACAUACAAUUAGGCUAAUGAAGAAAGCUGUCAUUGCUACCAUUUUUAUACAUCUCCCUUCCUAUAUAUCUUUCAAUUUAUUAUAUUUUUAUUAAUUAAGAAUUAAGUACUAUUUUUACCCAUAAGAUUGAUAUAACAGCCCAUAAGUUAUCCAUGGGAACAAAAGUUGGGAAAUCAUCUAUCACGACCAAGUUAGUUAUGUCGGAGAAUUUAUUAUCUAAGAUUGUCAGCGUAUUAUUGAUAUAUUAUAAAAU